UCAGGAUAAAACGAAUACUAUAGGAUUUUCACUGAGCUGUAACUGGAGAAGAAAACACACUUGAUCAAGAAAAAAAUUUAUAUCAUUUUAUAAACUGCAACAUUUACUAAGGAAUUCACACAUAAAAUGGCUGCUUUAAAACUUGCUGUUGCUGUAGUCAUGACAGUUGUUGCUAUUGGUUACGGUGGAAAAUACACAGGAGAUAAGAUAUUAAGAAUCAUCCCUACCAGUCGCCAGGACAUCAAAAUUUUAACCGAACUUGAGGAAGCACAGCCAAUCAAGCUUGAUUUUUGGAAGUACCCAGACAAUGUUGGCAAACCUGUGGAUAUCCACGUUCAAUCCCAAGAUUUUGCUAACUUUACAGAAAUAAUGCAGAAUAUAGGAAUAAAGUUCAAAGUACUCGCUGCAGAUUUGCAGGUUUUGAUGGACCAACAGAAUGACAUUGUUCAUUAUGCAGAUGAACAUUCCCACUGGUUUGUUCGAUACCAUCCAUUAAAGGAGAUCGAAGCUAAGAUACGUCACCUUGUUAACAAGGCCGAUGAAAGAGCUGAACUCAUUCCUAUUGGGAAAUCCUUUGAAAAAAGAGAUCAGUUGGCAGUAAARAUCAAAGGUGCUCCUCAAAACAACAAGCCAGUAAUGUUUAUCAACUGUGGAAUACAUGCCCGUGAGUGGGUGGCACCGGCAACCUGUAUCUACAUGCUUGAACAGUUUGUAAAUGAAUAUAACACCGAUGCAACAAUAAAGGCAACAUUAGAUAAAAUGGAUUUUAUCAUUCUACCUGUCUUUAACCCUGAUGGAUACGUUUACUCCUGGACAAAUGAUCGCUUGUGGAGGAAAAAUCGCAGGCCGACUAGUAACCCGAAAUGCGUUGGUACUGAUUUGAACAGAAACUUUCCCUUCCAAUGGGGAUCCGAUUCUGGUUCAAGUUCAUUGCCAUGCAGUGAGAUAUACAGAGGAGACGGACCAAUGUCAGAGGUUGAGGUUAGGAACGUGGUGGAGUAUCUUAAAGCCCUAGUCCCACACGUCAAAGGAUAUCUUGAUAUUCACUCGUACAGCCAGUUAUGGAUGUUACCAUGGGGAUACAAAAAACAAGUCACUCAGGAUCACGUGGAGCUGGCCCAAGUGGCAAAAGUUGCUGUCCAGGCAAUAAAGACCGCUGGUUUUAACACUGAAUAUCAAACGGGCUUAUCUUCCAAUCUGCUAUACCGCACUUCCGGUUCAACAAAAGAUUUCACAUAUGGCACACUACACAUCAAAUAUUCUUACGUAUUGGAGUUAAGAGAUAAUGGCAAUCAUGGAUUCUUGUUGCCUCAGAGCCAGAUUCUUCCCACAGCAAUGGAAACCUUCGCUGGAAUAAAAGCAAUGGUUGCAAGUAUGGACCUUACUCAAGGAUAAACGCCCUGUCUUUUUUAUUUCACUUCUUUUUAAAAUUCUUUAUAUUUUCUUUUGGGCAGCAAUAGGGUAGCUAGAAUUUUGUAUCCCAAAAAUAAGCUUCUCAAUCUAAUAGGCCACCAUACUGUAUCCUUUUACUUACCGCCUUAAAUAAAACAAUUGUGAAUCAAAA